CGCCUGUGCCGGGCGGGCGGGCGGCGCGGCGGGGGCAGCAGCAGGAUGCUGAGCCCGCGGGAGCGCGGCGCCGACCUGGCCCGCUUCUACACCGUGACGGAGCCGCGCCGCCACCCCCGCGGCCACACCGUCUACAAGGUCACGGCGCGGAUCGUUUCAAGAAAAAAUCCUGAGGAUGUCCAGGAGAUAGUCGUUUGGAAGAGAUACAGUGACUUUAAGAAACUGCACAAAGAUCUUUGGCAAAUUCAUAAAAACCUAUGCAGACACACAGAGCUCUUUCCUCCUUUUGCCAAAGCAAUAGUGUUUGGGCGAUUUGAUGAAACUGUGAUUGAAGAAAGAAGGCAAUGUGCUGAAGAUCUCUUGCAGUUUUCUGCCAAUAUCCCUGCUCUCUAUAACAGCAAACAGCUGGAAGAGUUUUUUAAGGGUGGAGAGGUGCAUGAUGGCUCUGAAUUGAUUGGCCCUGUUGAGCCUCUGUCUGACUCUCUGACUGACAACCUGUCUGACUGCAGCUCUGAAGUUCGAAAGGAUUUAAGUGGGCUUGAUGAUGUGACACUUACGAGCCAAUCAGAAUGUGGAGGCUUCUCCAGUGAUAGUGACCUGAUCUCUCUGACAGUCGAUGUAGAUUCUCUUGCCGAGGUAGAUGAUGGAAUGGCAUCCAACCAAAGUUCUCCCAGUAGAGCUGCUGGUCUUUGUGUUACUUCUGAACCCCCAGGCCAAAGCACACUGGCGUCUGAGCAGGAGUGGAGCAAACCCGAAGGAGAAAAGGAAAGCCAUGGUUUGUUUACUGGAAGCUUAAAAUCCAAGCCAGGCAAACAAGAUUACUUGGAAAAAGCAGGCGAGUUAAUAAAACUGGCCUUGAAGAAGGAGGAGGAGGAAGAUUAUGAAACCGCCUUAAGCUUUUAUAGAAACGGGGUUGAUCUGCUUCUGGAAGGUGUUCAAGGUGAAUCAAGUCCAACUCGUCGAGAAGCAGUGAAAAGGAAGACUGCAGAAUACCUUAUGCGUGCUGAAAAAAUUUCCAGUCUCUACCAUAGAAGCUCUGAAGACGCAUCUGUUUCUAUGCCUCCAGGAUCACUAAGUUCAAGGCCCUCUUGGAACCUAAGGAGCCCUGCCGAGGAACUGAAGACCUUCAGAGUCCUUGGGGUGAUUGACAAGGUUUUGCUUGUAAUGGACACUAGAACACAGGAGACUUUUAUAUUGAAGGGUCUAAGGAAAAGUAGUGAGUGCAGCAGGAGCAGAACGACCAUCAUCCCCCGCUGCGUGCCCAACAUGGUGUGUCUGCACAAGUACAUCAUCUCUGAGGAGUCUGUCUUCCUUGUGCUGCAGCACGCAGAAGGAGGAAAACUCUGGUCUUACGUCAGUAAGUUCUUAAACAGAAGUCCUGAAGAGAGCUUUGAAAUUCCUGAAUCCAGAACUUCCAGCUCAACUAAAAUUUUCCUGGAGCAACCAACGCCUAGUCCUAAAGAAACUGGUAGUAGUACUGAUUCCAGAGAAAGCUCUGGGGAGAGCAUGCUGAAGGUGGUCCCACUGAGGAGCAGCCUGACACCAAGCUCUCAGGAUGACAGCAGCAACCAGGAAGAUGGUCAGGAGAGUUCCAAGUGGAUGGACUCAGCAUCUAGCUCAGAAGAAGAGUGCACCACUAGUUACUUAACAUUGUGCAAUGAAUAUGGGCAGGAAAAAAUUGACUCUGGCUCCCUAAAUGAGGAACCAGUGGCUAAAGCAGAGAGUGAAGGUCUGCAUACCAAAGAGAGGAGCUCCUUGCAGAAGUGCAGUGUUGUUGGUAGUGACAGCUUCACCUCCCAGAUUGUACCUCAGGAACGAAAGCUGUUCAUUGACGAUGCUGAGUCGGAAAUAGCCAGCCCUACUAGGAUAUUGGACUCGUUAACUAGAUCCAAGAACAGCCCCAUGGAGCUCUUCAGGAUAGACAGCAAAGAUAGCACUAGUGAGCUCCUGGGGCUUGAGUUUGGAGAAAAAAUACAUAACCUGAAAUCGGAGCCUUUAAAGCCAUUGUUUUCUGUGCCAGAUCAUGACAGAAGUUUGGAUGCCCUGGAGAGCAAAAUGGGUGUGAAAGCUCAUGACACUGUGAGCAGGGGUUCAAAUGACUCUGUGCCAGUUAUCUCCUUUAAGGAUGCUGCUUUUGAUGAUGUGAAUAGCAUUGAUGAAGGAAGGCCUGAUCUCCUAAUAAACUUACCAGGCAUGUCUGAUGAAACAGAGGAGCCAGCUGUGUCACGGCCGACAAAGUUUACAAAAUCUGUUAAGGAUGUGUCAGAAGUAAAGUUGUUAGAAACACCUGAUGUCUUGCAAUUAAAUAAUUCUGCAGAGCCAUGCAAAGCAUUUGAUCAAGAGCCAAGUCAUGUGGCAGCAGAAGUGGGUGAUCCUGCCCAUGAGGAAGCAGAUGAGCCAAGUGGUGUCACUCAGGGAGCUCUUGGGACCCUCUUUACAUCUGACCAAGAGGUAGGUGCUUCAGAAGAUGGGGCUCUGUUCCAAGAGCUUGGGGCCUGCUCCUUAAAUACGAUGAGCAAAGAAGAAAGUUCAUGUGUUUCCAACCUGCUCUCAGGUGCUCAAGAGAUUAGCUUGGAUACGGAUGUGCUAAAGAAUGGAGUGUCGCUGUUUUCCAAUCAAACUGAAGAUGCUGGGAAAGAGGAGACAGACGCGGCUAUGUCACCAGCAGCUGAAAGUAAAAAGACUGCACCAAAGAAGGAAGACAAAAUAGCAGGAGCAGGGCAGAAGGAAAUACAUCAAAUUUUUCAGGACCUCGACGAAAGAUUAGCGCUAACCUCCAGGUUUAAUAUCCCAGAGGAUUGCAUUCAAAGAUGGGCAGCUGAAAUGGUGGUAGCCCUUGAUGCUUUACAUAGAGAAGGAAUUGUGUGCCGUGAUUUGAACCCAAACAACAUCUUAUUGAAUGAUAGAGGACACAUUCAGCUAACGUAUUUUAGCAGGUGGAGGGAGGUUGAAGAUUCCUGUGACAACGAUGCCAUAGAGAGAAUGUACUGUGCCCCAGAGGUUGGUGCUAUCCUAGAAGAGACAGAAGCCUGUGACUGGUGGAGCCUGGGUGCCAUUCUUUUUGAACUCCUCACUGGGAAGUCUCUGGUUGAGUGCCAUCCAUCAGGAAUAAACACUCACACUUCUUUGAGCAUACCAGACCAUGUAUCGAAGGAGGCCAGAUCACUGAUUCAGCAGCUUUUGCAGUUUAAUCCUGCGGAGCGUCUUGGUGCUGGCGUUGCUGGUGUUGAAGACAUCAAAUCUCAUCCAUUUUUUGCCCUUAUAGAAUGGGCUGAUCUGCAGAGAUGAGAGACACGUGCCCUCUGAACAAACUCAGGUCAACUGGACAAGUUUCUCUGGCACAGGAGCACCCUGACUCACUCCUUUUGGAUGUCUCCAACCACUCGGACGUAUUGGCUAAAGGAUGCUGGAGCAACAGAGCCAGAAGUGAACACUUUUAACAGGAGUCACUGGUUGUACAGGGUGCUGGCUUAUUUUUAACACAGCUGGUUGCUAUGUGUGUGUGAGUCCUUUCAUUAAAGGCAACUCCUGGGCAGCAUGUUUGGCACUGCCAGCUUGCCAGAUAAGCAGUGGUGGGAAUGUCUUUCUGGUGCUUUGUCUGGUGAUGGAAGUGUCUAUAGGCUGUGCCAGUUGAAAGUAUUUUUUUAUUGUGUCAAUAGACCAUUUCCCUAUGCUAGGUGCAGCUCUUGAGGGGUAGGGAAGGAAAAAGCAAAUAAUUUAUUAAUGGUAUAUGGUAAAGAAAAUACUAAAUAAAAUACUAAAAUGCUUUAUGCAAAAGUUGACACAUUAAAAAUAAUAUAUCCAUUAAAAAUUAAGAAAGCUGUUGCAUAAUACUGUGGAAUGUGUCUUGAAAAUAGCAUAUCAUUUCCCAUUCUGGAAAGAGCAUAUAAAAGGCAAAUAAUGCUGUCAAAUGUUGUACUUUGUUGGCUGGCAAUGUCUGUUUAAAACCCUUGACUCUGUUGUAUUUGAUGAGCUACAUGUUAAAGUCACUACAGAAAGGGAAAUCUUUUCCUCAGCUGGAUAAACACUGCUUUAGCACUCUAAUAAGGAGCAAGAACACAUAACACUAAAUAAAUAUAUAGAUAAAAAAGGAAGAACUCUUCUCUCAUUGCUGCAACCACUGCUUUAUCACUUAAUGAACUUUACUUCCUCUAAGUGUCCUAUUUUUAGCUGCCACUUCAGGAAAAAAACCUUUCUGCUUGUGUUCUUGUGCUUGAGGAAGCUUCUGAACUCCCCUGUUUGUUUGUUAAUAGUCUUAAUAAAUCAAAGAAAGCCUUCACCCACUCUGCUGCUUGAACAGGAAGAAGCCUGGGAUUUGCUCAUGCCAAAUGACUAAGUGACAUCUCUGAGCAAACCCUAGUGGGUAAGACUUGGGCAGGAGCCAAUUAGCUGACCUGUUUGUUUGCUAGAAACGUCUGGAGAAUGGGAGAAGAAUAUAAGACAUGCAGAAUAUUUUGCUGAGUGCUGCUAAGCAGCCAUGCCUGUAUGGGUUCCUGAUGUACAAAUGCUGUACACUGUGAUGUACAGAUUAUGGAUCCAUGGGGCUUUUCCUAAAUAUUCUCUUUGCUUGCACUCUUUUUUUCCCCUACUUUUCUUCUUCUGCCCAGCUUUAUCCGGAGAACAAAGGGCAAAUUCCUUUGGGAAAGUGAAGUGACAGCAACGAUUAUUGAAUUUACAACUCAAAAAAAAAAAAAAAA